AUGGAAUCUUUAGAUCUUACGCCUGCUCUUGCUUUCAUCAAAGAUCCAAGAAACAAAAUCAGGCUCACCAGAAAGGAUAAAGCAACAUCAGACCAGUUAAUACUAAUAAUUCGCGAAUUAUUGUUUAUUGCGUUCCGAUCUGAACUUGACAUAGAGUCGAUACAAGCAUUUGACAUAUUACGAAUAGAAAAUCCAUUCAUUGUAGAAUCUCUUUCACUUUCCAACUUUUUUAUUGAUUAUUUUACCAAAUUUCCAGUAUCAGAUUGCUAUGCCAGCAGGUUUUGUACUCUUAUAGAGAACAUCAUUACUUACUUCCCGAAGAACGCAGACAAGUCAAUACCUUUCUUUCCUUCUUUAGUUCAGUAUUGCGAUCAAUACCCAAUAGCAAUGAGUCUUGAAAAGAUACUAGGAGCUAGAAUGAGGUGCAGAGUGUUUCACGCGUACUUACAUGAAAAAGGCUUCGUCUUUCAGCUCAUAAAAUUUGCAGAAAAUGAUAAUCUCAGGAAUGAAGUCUUUGGACUACUAAACAUACUCAUACAGAACUCCUUAUUCAAGAAUGACUGUAAAUCCUUGGAAUUUCUCGAAUUAGUCUCAGAUAUUUACGAAGAUAAUACAAAUCAAUGGAGAUUGCUCUCUAAUCUCGUAAACGAAGACAACAUUGAAACACUAAGUGCAUUGAUACCUGCAGCCAUCAAUACUGUCCAUCGCCAAGAAGAUUUUUUUUAUGAAUACAAAGUUCAUGCGAUGAAUUUCAUUUUGGCAGCGACAACAGUUGAUUCAACAUGUAUAUUCAACAUAGAACCACUUGUUUUGACCUCUUUGAUCACUGAAAUUUUUGAUAAAUUUUAUGACAACUCAAACGCGUUGCAUUGUGCGGAGACAGGUAUCUUUGUACUAAUGAACACUAAAUACACUCGAAAAGCGUUUGUUAAACAAGUUGUUCCAUUGAUAAAACAAUUAGUUUUUAAUUACAAAUCCGUUGUUCAGAGAAGUUUUAUUAUGCACACUUUGCAUACAAUAAACUCAACAAAGGAUAGGAAUCCUCAUAUAUUUGAUUUGUUUGAUUUCGGUGAAGACAUAAUUAAACAAAUUGAAGAUUGGUCGUGUUUAUUAGCCAAUCCUUACGGACAAAGUAAUAAAUCUAAUGAUUUCGUCAUUUCUGCUCCUAGUUCUGAAUCGGAUCAUAGCCAUGUAACUUAUCCUACUCUAUCUAUAUCUGAUUUCCCUCAACCUCAAUCUGUUUGCUAA